AUGAGAUACUUGAAAAUUCUACUUUUAUUCGGUCUCGUCAGUUUCAUCCUCGCGCAAAUUUCUCUUAACGAUCAUUUGGACGAGAAAUUGAGGCAGACGAAAAUCGAAAUAGCCAAGCUUCACUUACAAGAAGAACCACCAGUUGAACGAAAAGUCUACAACGUGAAAUGGAAUCAAUUAUGGCGAGAGGAUCUCGACAAGGAGCAACCUUUCGUAGCGACUACUUUUGGCAAGAUUCUUGUAAUUCAAAGAAAUCGUUUUCUAACCAUUUCCUACGACGAUUCGAAUCGAACCACGUCGCAACAGAUAAUCUCACCAUCGAACAACAGCGAUCCUAUUAAAUUCGUCAGGAGUAUCGUCUGGAAAGGUGUGCUUUAUCUGCUAGUUUGUUACGGAACUGGCGAGUGCAGCGUGUACACGGGAACAGAAAAUUUUCAGUUGAAACAUCGACAACGAAUUCAACAUAAGGGAUAUCCUAUGGACGCAACUUUCUUCGUCCGUGCCAAUCGACUUUUCCUGGUGGUGGUUGAUAAUUCUGGCUCCUUUUUCGUACCUUCUUUAAUAUAUCAUUGGAGAGGAACGUACAUGGAUGUAAUGACGGAAGUGAUGACUACCGCAGCCGUAUCAGUCACCACAUUUAAACACAAACAAUCGACGAUCAUAGUGUUCGCCCAAAAUGAUGGAAAUAUACCUGGAAUCGGUUCCAUGGUGUACGAAUUUAAAGAGACCAGUCUGGAUAGAAUACAAUUUUUACCAACUACCAAUCCUACCUCUAUUCAUCAUUACAAUCACGGGAGAUUUAAUUUCGUUUUGAUGAUCAAUCAACAUGGACCAAGUAGUUUAUUUUGGUGGGAUGGACACGAAUUAUUACAUUGGCAAGAUGUUUCGAAAAUCACAGCGCCAAGUUUGGUUCACGUCGUGAGCAUCAACGAGGACACUUUCUUCUUUGUUGGCCAGGGAAAUACCUUGCAAUUGUACAAGUUUGAAAACGCAUCGAAUUGCAAUUUCAUACAUUCCGUAAAAUUGCCCACUGGAAUGUUUCUGAUCGACAUACAAACUCGAGUCGAAAAAUCCACGUUAAUCAUGAUGCUGGUCACUAUGAACGGCGACCAAGUUUAUGGCGUAGAAUCAUGGAACUUACACAUCAAAGAAAUUCCUUCUGAUCGUUCGAUCAAGGAAAGUGAUAUUUUAUCGAAACAUCUGGCAGAGCUGGUUGAGAUGUUAAAACGAAGAAAGCCACUCGUGGAAAAAGCUGAAGCUUCUUGGCCGUAUCUUUUCCCAGUUGAUGAAGAUUUAACGAUAUCGGAGUCUCUAGUCUUGCCAAGUUUGGAACUGGAUUCAGGAACCGUGAAAAAUAUCGACAUCUUCGUUGAUGAAGACAUCCUUACGCCUCGAGAGCUCGAGAACAAAUUUGAGAAGUUGAACAGCGAAAUUGACGAUGUUUUAACGAUGUCUAAAAAACUUUUAACUUCCGGUAACAUGAAUUCUCUGAAUGGAGACAUCGUCGUCGAUGGUGAUGCGUUUAUCGAUCAGCUGGAGAUCGAUAGUAUGCACGUGGAUUUUUUAAACGACGUUGAUACGCACUCGAACGAUGUUGAUACGCAUUCGAACGAUGUUAACUCGAACGACACAGAAGAAUCUUCGAUUUCGUUGAAGAGUGGAAAUAUCACUGUAGAGAACGUUCAAGUAGAUUCUAUUUGCGGAAUUCCAUUCCGAUAUUGGUCUCUGAACGAUGAUACAUCGAAAAUGCAGAUAGACGUGGAACCAGAUAAAAUGAAAUUUUCAAACGACACUGUAUACUUAAAUUCAGACAUAUCUGUGUCAAAUUUAAACGUGACUAGAUUAAACGGCACGGAUAUCGAUGGAUUGUUCAACGAAUUAUUCAUUAUCAAUCACAAUCAAAAAAUCAAAGGGAACAUCACGUAUAGCAAUACGAUAGAAAUACACAAUCUGACGGUACAAACGUUGAACGGAAAACCGUGGAAGGAUUACAUGAAUGCUAGAACCGAUCAAAGUUUCGACUAUUUUAUCAUGAAACCGCUUCAGGUGGAAAAUUUGCACGCAGAUUUCAUAAACGGAGUUCCCGUUUCCCAAGCAGCACGAGUAUCGACCGAGAACGUGAUCAAAGGGGAGGUAAAAAUUGCGAAUGUGAAAGUGACGGACAAGCUGACGGUAGAUUCGCGUUUCAAAGUACCGGAAAGACAGUCUCAAAUCUACUCUAACGUGACGAUUCGUGGUAACUUGAGAAUAGGCACUCUCGAUCUGGACAAAUACACGAGGAUCUUUUUGAACAACGAAGAGAUCCAUUUGAAAAAUAUCCUCGACAACUAUUGGACGAAAUCGACCGAUCAAGUGAUCAAAGACGAUAUCGUAUUCGAGAAGAAUUUAAUCGUAGAUCGUCUAAAUAGCAAGUACUUAAACGGAUUCACCGAGGAAGAAUUUUUGUACACUACCGUGACAAAUAUACCGGAGAAUUUCCGAAACUUACACUUUGAAAAUGUCCACGUGGACGAUAUGUUGUUCGUGGCAGGAGAGAACGAUAGUUUGUUCGACAUCGCCCCCGAAUCUGUAACGAUCCGUGAAAAAUUGCACGUGAAAAAUCUUCACGCGAACCAAUUGUUCGCUAAUUUAUUCAACGGCCUCUCUACGGACGAUAUUUCAAAUGGAAAACAGUCGCACAGUUUUCCAGAGAACACGAGUUUCCCAAGGAUCGAAGCUAAGCAUGUGAACGUCGAUAAGUUGAAUUUUCUCUUCUUCAACGACGAGGAUGAGGCUAAUUUGCUGAAGAACGCGAGGAACGUUGGCAAAGUACUGAAAAGGAAGUUCACGAAGACUGGAGAAUUUCACGGAGGGAAUCUUACCGUUGAGAGAAUCAACGAUAUCGAAAUAGGGAAGCUUGCAUGGUUGAAAAAUAGAAAGAUGUCCGAUUUGAAGAAUUUGGUGAUAAAUGGUAGUUUGACGGUGAAUGGUAAUUUACAGGUCGAUCAAAUUGACAAUCAACCAGCGAUGAUUUAUCUACAGAACAUGCCUGAAGAAUAUAUCGUGUUUGAUAAAAAUAUAACAAUGGACGAAUUGAUCGUGGAAAAUGUUACGUUGAAAUCUCUGAAUGGCCACGAUGUGAACGAUCUUUUCGAACAUUUCCUGUCGAAAUCUAAGGAACAAGUUGUUCCUGGAAAUUUCUCUUUCCACAAAAUUACCGCUGAUAACGUCCAGACUAAUUUCAUCAACGAUCGAAACACCUCGAAAUUGAUCUGGAUCGACGAGCCUCUGUUUCUAACAGGAGACGUUACGUUCGAGGAUUUAUUUGUAGAAGGGGAUGUCGUGACAGAAACUCUAAACGGACGUGACGUGAAUGAGUGUUCAAUUAUUCCAUCAAUUUAUUGCAGUAAAAACGUGUCAGUAACGAGAAUUGCUGAUUUAAGAGUGGAUGGAAAUAUCUAUUGGGACGUUCCUUCUACCAAUUCUGCUUCGUUGUCGUACCUUUUCGAAAAUGCUGUGACCAAAGAUACGAAUCAGACUAUUCGAGGCGAUGUGAUCUUCGAGAAGGAUGUUUCAGCGUCAACGAUAAGAGGAGAAUGGAAAGAGAUCGAUGAUAUACGUGGUAUCGUUGAGGACACCGUGCUCGAUGAUGGAAAUAUCGUUGAAAUAAGCGGUCGGAAGAUUUUCAAAGAGAACCUCAAUGUUGAUAAUUUAUUGGUAACAGGGAACAUUGAUAUUCCUGUAAUUAACAAUGUGAAUAUUCUGGAAUUGAACGAUUCUGCAGUGAGAAAAGAUCGAAACGAGACGAUUACCGGAUCGAUCACUUUCCUCGACGAUGUCGCUGUUAACAAAAUUCUCGUUAACGAUAGCAAUCAUAAUGUUCCUUUGAAACAGUUUGUUCUGAUGACAGACAUCCUACCCCCUAACGUGUUUUUCAACAAUCUCGUUGUAAAUAAUGUGUUUUUGAAAAAUUUCGAUGGGAUAGAUUUUAACGAAUUUUUGAGAAAUCGUGUCACCAUUGAUGGAGAUCACGAGAUACUUGGCGAUGUACAAUUCAAUGGUGUUAUCGAAGUAAUAGGAAACGCGAAUGUAUCGAGAAUCAACGACAUCGAUCCCUUCGAUUUGGUGCUAAAUGGUACAACGGAAACGCAAGUGAUAUCGGGUUCGAAGAUCUUCGAGGAAGAUGUGAUAGUGAACGGCAACAUUUAUGCACCGUUUGUCAAUGGCGUGAAUCUUUCCUCGGAAUACUCUGAUGGCAUACAAAACGACGAAGACGUAGAAAUAAUUGGAGACUUGAUUUUCGAGUCGAAAGUGAAGGUUCCAGAAAACGUAUCCGUUUCGAAUUCAGUGAACGGUGUACGUUUGCCCGCUGUUCUCGAUGAUUUACAAAAUGAAACGCAUCGAACUCUCCAAAUGUUCACGCGGAACGAGACCAAAAUGGAGGAGAGCAUUUCGCAAUCUUCCUUAAUUUCACGGAGUAUGAGAAAUAUUUUCGCGUACUUGGAAACCGAGGAAAAUUUAAAGAUACAAGUUCCUAACGUUAAAAAAGUCGACGUUGUUUAUUACGAGCAAAUCACGAAAUUGAACAUGUUCGGGGAAGAACCCGGAUCAUUUUGCGGACUUCCCGACACUUGUUCCUGCCCGACUGAAUACGUAGCUGAAUUCACGAAAGACGGUUGUCACGUUCGACGAACGAACAAUAGUAAAAUAGUACGAAAUUAUCACGAGUUGCAUAGUACGUUCGGUGUAAACGUGAUAACGAACACGGUUUCCUACAGUCCCGAAUGUACUUCGAAAAAUAUCGAGAACGAGUUGAUCACGAUUUCGUGGAUGAAGUCGGAUCUAAUCGAUACAGGAGACGUGUUAGCUAAUGUAAAGAAAACGUCUCCGGAUUUUCGAGGAUUUGUAAAAGAUGCAAAAGUUUUCAUGUCGCAUGAAAAUGCAGCAUUCGUGGUACUAGCAGUUUACUAUGACACAUUCUUGGCAACACACCGUACGGAUUCUGUGAUCUAUAAGAUCGACUUCGAGAAGAAUGUUCUAUCGUUACAUCAAAAACUUCCCACAGAUGGUGCUUGGGCUGUUGAAGUUUUUAAGACGAAUCAUCGUGAUUUAUACCUUCUCCUAGGCUGUUUUGGCGACUCUGAAAAGUCUUUUCUGUAUAAAUUAGACGGGAACACUUCUCAAUUUGAAACAUUGAGAACUUUUGGAGGCAAAACGCGUAAUGUGAAAACCCUGUUCCAAGAACAGGACCGUUUCGUUUUGUUGGACGAUUUCGAUACGAACGCGAUAAACAUAUUUCAGUACGAUUUGGAAUUCGAUAAUUUUAAUAAUUAUCAAAGUCUCUUUCAUGAUUCGCGGAUCGAUAGUGUAGAAUGCUUCUACUCUGAUGAGUUUGGUCUGAGCGAUUCUUUUAUCAUCGUCACGACAGAGAACGAUCAGUUUUACAUUUACGAAUACAUGUACGCCGAAAAAUUCCAACUGAAGUUACAUCAUCGAAUGGAUAAUUUACAAACGAUGGUACCGUUCUAUUAUUUAGAGAAUCACUAUGUCUUUACGGGCACAAGCAUGAACAGCACGAUACUGCGAGUCGUAAAACAGGGGCCACGUUAA